UCGGUCAAAUUUUAGUUUUGCGACGUUUUCAGUCAUGGAAGAAGCACUUCUUUGGUCGUUCUAUGGUAUUUGCAUUGCGAUAAAAGGCAGAAAUAAACGAAAAAAUCGAAAAUUAAGAUGGUCGAGGGAAUGGUUAUUAAAAAGACAGGAAUUUUCUCAUGUCAGAUUAUUACGUGAACUUGAACCAGAUGAUUGGCGUAAUUACCUGAGGAUGGACACUGAAACAUUCAACCAUUUGUUAAAAUCUGUUACUCCUUACAUUGAAAGGCAAAAUACCUGUAUGAGAAAAGCCAUUUCAGCUCAUGAGAGACUUAGUGCCACGUUAAGAUUUCUUGCCACAGGAAGAAGCUACAAAGACUUGGAAUUCACCACCAUCAUGUCCAAGCAAUCACUGAGUGAAAUUAUACCGGAAACUUGUGACGUUAUUUACAGGGUUUUAAAAAAAGACUUCCUGAAGUUUCCAAAAAGCGAACAGGAGUGGUUACAAAUAGCAGCCGACUUUAAAAAAAAUGGCAAUUUCCGCAUUGUUUGGGUAGUAUUGAUGGCAAGCAUAUCAGAAUUGUUCCUCCCAAGGGAAGAGGAUCAUAUUACUUUAACUACAAAAAGACGCAUAGCAUAGUUCUUAAGGCAAUUGCUAAUGCGAACUGUGAGUUUAUCUACUGCGAUGUUGGCACAAAUGGUAGAAUCUCUGAUGGUGGAGUAAUUGCUAAUACCACAUUUUAUGAAAAACUAGCCAAUAAUGAUCUAAAACUUCCUAAUCCGGAAUCUAUGCC